AUGAGUCACAAGGGUGCUGCCAAGGAUAAGAAUCUGAUGGCGGGGGAUGGAACUGAAAAGCCGAGAGUCUCUUUGGCCGAAGCUGCGGCAAAGAUCGAUGCUUUAGAUCUUGAGAAUUACUUAGACGUUCCGAGUGUGCCGGACAUUGAUGUAUUGAGAUUUUACUUUUACUUUGAGGAAGAAUUUGCACAAGUAUCAUGGACUUGGGUUAAGAUGUUCAACGAGUCUCCUCUCUCCACUCUCAUCGAUGUUCCGUUAUCUCAGAUUCCUACGCCUAUCUACGAAUUAUCAGUCGAUUGGAUCAAACCACGUCCAGUUGAGUUUCACUCGUAUAUCAUAUUGUGGAUUUGUGAUCGUAUUCUCGACAAUUUGGUGUCUGAAGGUGGUGACAAUGCUCCACCAUCUGUUUGGCCCAAAUCUCAGGCGGCACAUUUUGUUGUAUUGGCUAUGGUAUUGCGUACUAGACCUGAUUCUUUGAUUGACGUUUUGCCCUCACUGAGGGAUAAACACAUGUACCAAGGACCCGACAAGCUUCCUCUUAUAGUUUGGAUGAUGGCUCAGGCUUCACGAGGUGAUUUAUCUACAGGCUUAUAUUCAUGGAUGUGUAACUUGCUACCACUGCUAGUCAGUAAUAACAAGAGCUGUUCCCCUCAGUCAACUGAUCUCGUCCUUCAAUUCGCUGAGUACAUGUUGUCUCGCCCAAAGGCUCUCACUAUACUUGUAAACGGAGGUGGUGUUAUGGAAAGACAGCAGCUGGUUCCACUUCCUUCACUUGACAUCUUGCUGCGCCUCACAUUCCCUCUUCCGUCUGCAAGAGUUAAGACUACAAAGAGGUUUAAGGCUAUUUAUCCCUCUUUGAAGGAAGUGGCUCUUUCACCAGAGAGGGCACGAGGAGACAAAUUUGCCAUGCGUAAAUUAUUCACGUUUGCCUUGACCUUAACUGGUGAAAAAGGUAAUUUUAGUAGUAACACAAGUCUUGAAUCCUUUUGCCUCUUUAAAUGUGUUAAUCGUUUUGUUACAGGGAAUCCGUCUGUUUUAACCAAGGAAGCUACAUCAAUCGCUAUCAGAUCUCUGACCGAAAACAUCAACUGCUUUGACCACUGGGACAGACUUUAUAUGAAUAAUCCAGAAGCUAGUGUUGCGCUUCUUAAAAAGCUUAUAGACGACAAUCAUUUCCUCAGGCUAUCAACAUCACCAAUUGAUACUCUCACUGUCAAUCAAAUUAUGGAGAGCUUCAGGCGUAAGAACAAAAGAGCCAUCGCUGAAGGAGGAGCCAACUGUUCUCUUUACAAAGAAGCUGACAAGUACUGCAAACUGAUCUCCAGGAGACUCUCCCGUGGAAAUAGAGGCUUCAAAAUGACACUCAUUACUGCUGUGAAUCCGAAGGCGAAAAAACUCGGAACUAUGGAUGGCGACGGGGCGGCGAAGCAGAUAGUCUCUUUGGCCGAAGCAGCGGCAAAGAUCGAUCCUCAUCAUCUUAGGGAUCACCUCGUUAACGCACUGAGAGAGUGUUGGCGUCCUGAGGAGCUGUUAUCGAGGUAUACCGAUUACUUUGAGAAAGCUCUCUCCGGAGUAUCGUUCCCAUGGGUGAAGAUGUUUAAGGACGCUCCUUUGUCCACUCUCAUCGAUGUGCCUUUAUCUCAUGUUCCUGACUCUGUCUACGAAACGACACGCAAUUGGAUCAGCCUCCCUCCAGCGGGGAUGUUUGUUGCAUUAGCUAUUGUUUUGCGUUCCAAACCUGAGGCUUUGACUAGUGUUUUACCGACUCUGAGAAAGGAUCCUAAGUAUCAUCAAGGACAUGACAAGCUUCCCAUUACCGUUUGGAUGAUGGCUCAGGCCUCGAAAGGUGAUACAUGUGUUGGAUUGUAUUCAUGGGCACAUAACUUGCUACCACUAGUCACACUCAGUAAUGAGAAGCGUUGCUGUAUCCCUCACUCAUUGGAUCUCAUCCUGCAGUUCGUUGAGGAAAUUGUGUCACGUCCAAAGGCUCGGACCAUACUUGUAGAUGGAGCUCUUACUCUUAGGGAGGGAGAGCCGCUGAUUCCACUUUCUUCGUUUGAGAUCUUGCUCCGUCUCGCAUUCCCUGCUCCAUCCACUAGAGUAGAGUCUACAGAGAGGGUUGAGGCAAUUUAUCCCCUGUUAAAGGACGUGGCUCUUUCAGAAGACAUAGCAGGAAGCAACGCGGUGGAGCAGAUGUUCACUUUUGCCUUGAGAUCAGCUCGACAGGGUAUUGUUACAGGAAAUCUUGCUUUAGCCGAGGAAGCUACAUCAAUCGCUAUCUGGUGUAUGUUUGAAAGCGUUGACUGCGUUGAGCACUGGAACAUACUCUAUAGGGAGAAUCUAGAAGCUAGUGUUGCUCGUCUUAAAAAGCUUGUAGAGGAAUUUGACCAAGAAAAAAGAAAGCUUGUAGGGGAACAGAAGGUUCAUUUCCUCAGGCUACCAAGUGUUACUCUCAUUUUCAAUCAAGCUAUGGAGAAAUUCAGGCGUAAGAACAAAAAAGCCAUCGCUGAAAGAGGAGCCAUUUGUUCUCUUUACAAAGAAGCUGACAAGUACUGCACACGGAUCUCUUGGAGACUCUCCUGUGGAAAUAGAGGCUUCAAAAUGACACCCAUUACUGCUGUGGUUUUAUUUGCUGCCGGAGCAGCUGCAGCUGCAACACUUAUUGCAUUAUCCCAGUAG